AUGAAAUGCUCGUUAUGCCGUUGCAGACCUGUGAUUGUGGAUUUUGCUUUGUACGUGAAGCGUGGUUGUUCCUCUUCACUUAUUGUUAGUCGCAUUCAACUAAUAUUUACUAUUCAGGUCAAUUGGGUCGAUCUCAGUACUUCCCACAAAAUGACAGAUUAUAUGGCUCAGAUGCUCAAUGAGCUAAUGGGUCCACAGCGGAAUUCUUUACCUGGAGAGGGUGCUGCAAUUGAUUUUGAUCAUCCCGAUGUAUGCAGAGAUUUUCUUGUUGGAUUCUGUCUUGCUGACGCGUUUCGGAACACAAAAAACGACCUCGGGUUUUGUCCAUUUCCUAUUCAUGACGAAGCUCUGAAGAAACGUUACCAAGAAAGCAGUCGUUUCGGGCGGCUUGGCUAUGAAGAGAAGUAUUUUGAUAGGCUUAAUCGAAUGCACAAUGAAGUGAGAAGAAAAAUUGAGAAGAACGAAGCUCGAUUGGUCCACACAAGAGCUGACACCCAUGUUUCGGCGGAAGUUUAUGAUAAGAAAAAAAAGGACCUACUUGAGAAGCGUGAAUUGCUAGGCCGACGCAUAGAGGGUCUUAUGGAGGAAGCUGAGAUCGAGGGCGCACAAGGGAAUGUUGCUGCUGCGCAAGAGGCUGUCCAAAAAGCAGACGAGCUCUCAAAGGAGCGUGAAGGACUGCAGAAAGAGGAAGAGAACUUGGAAGUCGAAAGGCAGAGGGCGAUAGUUAUGGAAGAACAAUUGACGGCGGGCAACAAACAAAUGCAAGUAUGCCAGGUUUGUGGAUGCUUCAUGCUCACAAACGAUGCACAAAGUCGUAUCGAUGACCAUCUCAGUGGAAAGCUCCACAUUGCCUAUACAAGAAUUAAAGACCAAAUCGACUUGAUGGUGAAAGCUAGAGAAGAAAAGAAACUUCAGCUAGAGAAAGAAAGGACAAAGGAUAAAGAUGACAAGUCAGAUAGAAAACGUGAUGAUCGUGACAAGGAUCGAGACAGGGAUCGUGAACGGGACAGAGAUCGCAAGGAACGAGACAGUCGAAGAGACCGUAGCAGAGAUAAAGACAGAAAAAGGUGA